AUGACUAUUGUUUAUUGUUUAACCAAAUUAUCAAAUCCAAGUAGCUCUUUAAGAAGCUCAUCCGAUGUUUCCGGGAAUCAAGGUGUAGAAAUCGACUUUGAUUCUAAUUCUAUCUCAUGGAAGAAAUGGUAUAGUGGUGGUGGUGGUAGUGGUGGUAAAUGGGAUGGUGGUGGCAGUGGUGGUAAAUGGAAUGGUGGUGGUGGCAGUGGAGGUGGUUCCUGGAAAAAAUGGAAUUAA